AUGACCACCCCUCUCGCGUUUGGUGUCGGUGCUAUCACCGCUGCUCUCAUUGGUCGCCAGUUAAUACGGAGGGCCGGACAAGGAGCAGCAGAACAAUGGGUCAAAGGAGGAUUCAAAGCCAAAAUGGACAGAAAAGAGGCCGUCGCCAUCCUUGGACUAAAGGAUGGACCGCUGCUACGUAAUAGAGUAAAAGACGCUCACCGUCACAUAAUGCUCGCCAACCAUCCUGACAGAGGGGGCUCUCCUUACCUUGCCAGCAAAAUUAACGAGGCAAAGGAUUUACUCGAAAAGACGGAAGGCAAACGGUGA